AUGUGUUCUCAAGCCUGUCUUCAGGAGAUGGAAAAAUUCUGGAAAGAUUCAAUUCGAUCCUUGUUAAUUGCUGCAUUAUCUGCACAAUCUCAUGGUAAUUGUUCAUCUUUUGAUAGCGACAAUCGGCCACAAUCAACAUCUCAACAUGUAAUAUCAUCACCGACAUCAUCAUCCCUGUCAUCCGCUGGUUGCAAUUGUAUGGUCAAAGGUCCAGUUCAAAGUGAAUCACCAGUGGUCACUGGUGAUUCGCCCUCACCUUUAGCAAUUAAUUCACCUUCUCCAACAAUUAACUUGCCAACUUCAUCUUCUUUAUCUCCUGUAGUUGAAAUGACAGCUUCACUUCUUAGUGAUAUUAUUUCAAAUCUUUCAAUGGUCAAAUCGAAUCAACAACAAAAACAACAACAACAACAAUUAAAUCAACCAAAACCAACGACGACAAUUAAAGUUAAAAGGAAACGUAGACGAAAAAGAUGUUCACUCGCUCAGCGUCAACAGCGUUUCCUUCAACAAAGUAUCUGGGGUUCCACUGAUGAUGGUCAACUUAGAGUUCAAAGUGUCCUCAGAUGGUCACUCUGGACAAUCAGAUGUGAAAGAAUCCAAAACGAUGAUAAUUGUAACCAGUCUAUUGAUGGUACAAAAAGGAUCAUAAGUAAAUCACUCGAGGGUGAGACUAAAUCGACGAAAAGAUCAUCGAAAAGAUCUCCAAGUUCUGAUAAUCAUGAAGCUUCAAUUGAUGACAAUUCAUCUGAAAGUGAUCAUGAGGAUCAUCGAGAAAGAGAUAAAUCUAAUGAUGGUCGAAGAAAACGGAGUCGUUCUAGAACUUCUCAAAGUUCUAGGUCACUUAGUAAAAGUCGAAAAGAUCGAAGAUACAAUGGACGAAGUGAUGAGAAAGAUCGAUAUCGAGGUAGAAAUGGUCGGAGUAGAAGCAGAGAUCGAACUCGUGAAAGAAGUCGAAGUUAUAGUAGAAAUCGUAGUAAAAGUCGAAGUGGCCACUACAGUAAGAGUAGAGAUGGGUCACAAAGUAGUCGAAAAUAUCGUAAAAGUUCAAGUUCAUAUCGAUCUCGUAGUUAUCAUGAUAGAAAUAAGAACAAGGAAAGAAUAAAAGAAAAGAUGAACUCUCGAAGUAGAAGUCGAAGUAAAAGUGUCAACGAGAGAAACGAUCUUUGUCAGAACGAUGCUAAAUCUUCAAACGGACGAUCUCAUCAUCGAACUUACAAAAGUUCAAAAAAUCAUCGACAUCGACCGACCUCAAGUCGAUCUUCGUCAAUCUACUCGUCACCAUCUAACUCCUCAUCGGCCUCAUCUUCAUCGAAAUCUUCCAGAUCAUCUUCAUCUUCGUCAUCUUCUCGCUUUAAUCUAAUGUCACGAAGUUCGCGAGGCUCGAAGUCCCGAUCUAAAUCCCGAAGUCCAUCAAUUCGACGUCGCGGUGGUUCACCCAAUUUCCUCGAGCGACGUCGUAUCACAAGCGCUCGAAAAAGGCCAACACCUUAUCAUCGGGAAUCUCCAUCUUCGGACAGUUCAACUUCCUCAUCAUCUACAAUUAAACGGAGACGAACUCACUCAAGAUCUUGUUCAUCAUCUUCUUCCUCUUCCUCAUCUUCAUCCUCAUCCCCAUGUUAUUAUUACAUAAGAAAAUCUCGUUCACCUUCAAUCUAGUCGCACAAUUAACUCUAUUUUAUUACUUAAUUGCAUUUAAUUUAAACCAUUCCAAUUGUAUUAUGAUUGCAAUUUUUGUUUCUCUUCAAGUUAAUUUUAUGUUCAUCCCUUAAAUUAUGUGCAAAGAAAUAUCAACAAUCAAGAUGAAUGUAACAAUUAUCAAUAUCCCCACAAAACAAAAUAAACCUUCACAAUCAACUUAA